AUGGAAUCGUCGUCCUCGACAUUUACGACGACGGCGUACUGGAUCGUCUCCUUACCUCUGACGGAAAGAAACCACUCGAUAAACGGCCAAACGAUACAGGAGAGGAAAGACAUCGCGUUUCAACUUUUAGAAGCGAAAACGAGAGGAAAGGAAAACGGAGAACUCUGCGCGAGAGAGAAUCGGAAACUGUUCGUCCCGGAGCUGAAAAUAGGAACGUUAGAUUCGCUGUUGGCGUUGUCGGAUGAUUUACAAAAGAUCAACGGGCAGAUAGAAAACGUGACGCAGAAAAUCAAGCGUCAGAUUCAAGAGAUUGGCGAACACUUUGCCAAAGAAUCUCAACAACAGCGAAGAAGAGACAACAUGGAAAAUAAUAACAAUAGCAACAACAACAACGAAGCGUUCACCGCGCAGACAAUUUUAACCGUAGAUGGCGUUCCAACCGAGGAGUAUCUCACGGACUUUAAAUGGGACGAGGCUAAAAAUCCAGCAAAGCGACAACUGAGAGAAACCGUGGAGAAGAUAACCGAGCACGUCAUGAAAAUUGACGACGAGUUGAAGAUGAAGUUGAGCGAGUACGUGAUGGCGAAGAAUUCGUUGUCAACGAUUGCGAGGAAAACGCAAGGCUCGUUAGCGACGAGAGAUUUAGGCGACGUCGUGAGAGAAGAGGACAUGGUUGAAACGGAAAAUUUGACGACUUUGUUGGUCACGAUACCAAAGUUUUCGGCGCAAGACUGGCUGGAUUCAUACGAAACUUUGGCGCAGUUUGUUGUCCCUCGAUCUUCCAAGAUGUUGAAGGAAGAGAACGAUUACUCCUUAUUUACGGUGACCUUGUUUAGAAGAACGGUCGAUUCAUUUAAGAAUGCCGUGAGAGAAAAGAAUGGGGCGUUCCAAGUGCGAGAGUAUAGCUACGACAAGGACAAAAUUACGGAGAAUAAAGAAGAGAAGCAAAGUUUAGAGGAGGAAGUCGAGACACGAAGAAACGAAUUGUACGAGUGGUGUCAAACUUCGUACGGGGAAGUUGUUUCCUCGUGGAUACACGUCGUCGUUGUUCGUUUGUUCGUGGAGAGUAUUUUGAGAUACGGUUUACCGCCGGCGUUUCAAGCGGUGAUUAUGCGACCGAAAGAACGACUAGAGAAAAAGCUUAGAAGUGUAAUGAACGCGGCGUUCGGGAACGGGUCGAGUUCGCACUGGUCAGCUACCGAGAGUGGCGGCGGGAGCGGUGGAGGUGGUGGUGACGGAUUAGGUGGAGAGCGAGGCGGAGACGAUUGCUUUCCGUACGUUUCGUUCACGGUGACGUUAUAA